AUGAGACUGAAUUUAUCUCUAGAAUAUUCUAACAUUCACUUGAAAAACAUCAGCUCGACUGACUUCCCCAUGAACAAGUCCACAGCAACACUGUGGUGUUCUCUCUUCAUUCUUGAAGCGUUCCUGAUCACAGUUGCAAACCUCCUCACGAUCGCCAUGUUUCUCUGGACCAGAAAACUUCGCAAGCGACGAUACUAUCUAAUGAUCAACCUGGCCAUGUCUGACACCUUAGUUGGUGCUCUGGCCAUACCGUUGUUCGUUGUCCUUUUUGGCGACUCUCAGAGAUUAUGGAGUUCCAGACUAUUCCUUGUCGACACUGCUCUGUUUUUCGACAUGUUUGCAGGAUUUGCGUCGAUUACGUUCCUUGCCAUGAUUGCUUUGGAACGUCUCUAUGCGACAUUACGUCCUUUCCAUUACCGCGCCCUCAACUCUGGUUGGUAUAUACUCCUCAUUCUUAUCGCUUGGAUCGCUGCGGGGUCUAUCCCAUUAUUUCAUGUGAUGGCGCGGAAGCAUUCCACAGUCUUCCGCUCCCCGUCUCAACUGGUUAUCCUUCUGUUCAUGUGGGUUCCAUUUUUCUCUGCGCUGCUUCUCGUGAUCUGCGUUUCAUACAUAGUCAUCUGGAGGAAAGUACGAGACGUUCAGAAAAAAGACCGACAACGAAUAAUCGAGAAGGAAUCUUCUUUAUCGCGCAUUUGUCUCCUGGUGACAGCGGUAUCCGUGGCAGCUUGGCUUCCCUUUGUUAUUGAAAAUUUGGUCAUAAGCCAGAAGCGAAUCAAUCCUUCAGUCUCUCAUAUUCAACUGUUUCAUGUGACCAAGUUCCUCCAUUUUGUCAAUUCCCUGUUGAACCCUGUUCUGUACGUGCUCAAAAUCCCCGAAUUCAAGGAAGGCCUGUCAGCUGCUUUGUGUCUCAAGAAAUAUGCUGGUUUCACCGGAAAAUUGAGUAUUCAUGGUUCGAGAAGCGCCCUCGCCACCGGUCUUUAG